UCCACACUAACCGCACGGACAGAAAUGGCGGCAGGUAGUGACGGGGUGGACAUAAACGACGCCGCUUCGCCCAAAACAACCACCAGCAAGAGGGGGCGAUUCACCACCUCCACCGAAUCACGCCGACAAACCCUAACAUCAUCUUCUUCACACACUCACACCCUUCCUAUCGAGCUCAUCCAGGAAAUCCUCCAGCGGCUCCCUGUGAAAUUCCUUUUACAACUUCGAUGCGUAUGUAAGUCCUGGAAAUCCCUAAUUUCACAUCCCCAAUUCGCUAAGAACCACCUUCACAGCUCACCAACGGCCACCCGCCUCAUCGCGGGAUUCACGAAUCCGGCGCGCGAAUUCAUUCUCCGAGCUUACCCUCUCUCGGACGUUUUCAAUGCCGUUGCCGUUAACGCAACAGAGCUCAGGUACCCUUUCAACAACCGAAAGUGUUAUGAUUUCAUCGUUGGCUCCUGUGACGGCAUUCUCUGUUUCGCGGUUGAUCAACGCCGUGCUCUUUUAUGGAACCCUUCCAUUGGGAAAUUCAAGAAAUUGCCGCCUCUGGAUAAUGAACGGCGCAACGGUAGUUAUACGAUACAUGGCUUCGGUUAUGAUCGUUUUGCUGAUAGUUACAAGGUGGUGGCAAUUUUUUGCUAUGAAUGUGAUGGCCGAUACGAAACUCAAGUGAAGGUUCUCACGCUGGGUACCGAUUCGUGGAGGAGGAUUCAGGAGUUUCCUUCUGGGCUUCCUUUUGAUGAAUCGGGGAAAUUCGUUAGUGGCACUGUUAAUUGGUUGGCAUCAAAUGAUUCAAGUUCCCUUAUUAUUGUUUCUCUCGAUUUGCAUAAGGAGUCUUAUGAAGAGGUUUUGCAGCCUUAUUAUGGAGUGGCAGUGGUUAACUUGACUUUGGGUGUGUUGAGGGAUUGCUUGUGUGUUCUUUCUCACGCCGACACGUUUUUGGAUGUUUGGCUCAUGAAGGAUUAUGGAAAUAAAGAGUCUUGGACCAAAUUGUUUAGAGUUCCUUACAUGGGAAUUUCUGACUCUUAUCUGUAUACCAAGGCACUUUGUAUUUCUGAGGAUGACCAAGUGUUGAUGGAAUUCAACUCAGAGUUAGCUGUUUAUAAUUCAAGAAAUGGCACUUCUAAAAUCCCCGAUAUUCAAGACAUCUACAUGUAUAUGACCCCAGAGGUCUAUAUUGAGAGUUUGAUAUCACCUUGUGUUUAGUAUUAGGAUGUAGAUGCUAUACUAUGUCACUGGUGCAUGAGGUUGUUGUUGAAUCCACUAACUGCACUUUUAAAUGUUUAAAUGUGUUAUGAAUGCUAUGUUGUUCUAAUCACUGGUUGCAAUGUAAUUAGGAGAUGUUUUGCCAAGUCACUAGUACGUUUGUUUGUUAAAUCUUUGCUAUCUGCUGUACAAAUUUCAUGAUAUUUGCUUGAAAUCUUACCCAGUACAUUAUGAAGUAAACAAAUUAGAUUUGACCAU